AUGAGUGCAAACACCUCGAGUUUCGCGAGCUUCCGGCCAAAGCCCAAGCCUGCUCAGGAACUAUCCAAUGAACCUCAACAACAUGGCAAAUCUGAUCAGACAUCAAAAGAAAAACACCACUACAAAAGAGUUUCAAAAUCACCAAGCCGACAGAUCCGGGAAAAAGACGCCUCUGCAAACAAGCCCUACUUCAGCGAUCGGCGAGGAGACGCGGACGUAUUACGGUACGGUACCUUGAACCGUUAUGAAAUUCCACCUUACCGUCGCUAUGGCCAUGGAUUUGUCUUGGGUCUUUCAUUGCGGCAGAAGAUUGACAGAGAAUUAUCUACGGACAAGAAAAUAUAUGUUUCGCCUGCCACGCGCCGACGUCAACAGCGUCUGCUCACAGAUAAACCCACAAAGCGGUCAGGUGAACGUGCGCUGCGUCUAGUAAAAGCCGGCGGCGAUGCCUCAGAUCUCAACCAAGACUUUGUGCUCUUGUCUGCAACCGGCAAAAGGAUGCGGCAUGACAGUGAUGAUGACGAUGACGAUGACGACGAAGGAACACCAGAAUUUGACUAUCGAGGAAUAGAUGAGCCAAAAUCUGCCGAGCCAGCUGACCCAGAUACGCAAUAUGAGUCUGAUGUUGAUGUUACAUUUGAUGCCGAAGUCACUCGCACCAACUCGCGACUCGCGCGGCACACCAAAGAGCACCCUGAAGAUGUUGCAGGGUGGCUGGCGCUGAUCGCUCAUCAGGAGGCCAUGCUAAAGCUUGAGCGGCCAUCUGUUGAGUUGACAGUUUCUGACAAAGCCCAUCUUGCUGACAUACGCAUCGACAUAUACGGAGAAGCCCUUAAGAAGGUCGGUAAACUCCCUGAGGGCCAGUUAAAACUCUAUAAAGGGCUCUUGAAAGAGACCGAGAAAGCAUGGGACAGCGCCAAGCUGGCCAGUAAAUGGAAGGACGUUCUCGCAAAACAUUCAGAGAGCGUGGAACUGUGGAUGAUGUAUCUUGACUUCGUACAGUCGCGAUUCACAACUUUCAAGUAUGAAGAUUGCCGAGCUAUCUUCUUCAAGUGCAUCGAAACUCUUAGUGCAAGCACACAAGAAUUUCCACCUACGAGCAUGCUGCACAUACUACUGCGCCUUACAUCCAUGACAUAUGAAGCCGGAUACCAGGAGCUUUCGGUAGCAAUUUUGCAAGCUUUGCUUGAAUUCUGUAUUCUACGGCCCGCAGAUGAUGCGACCAUCGAAGCGUUUGAGGUGUUCUGGGAUAGUGAGGUAGCACGUAUUGGCGAGCCACAAGCAAAAGGGUGGAAGCAGUACAGUCCAGCAGAUGAGCCUGCAUCGUUUGAGUUUUCCCCCUUGUUAGAGAAAGACUCGUCAGACUCGUUCUUUGAAGACUUCGGAAAACGCGAAACGGAAGCGACAAGACGGCUUGUGAUACCAGGCCGGGCAUCUGACGACAUAGCAGAGGAUGAUGCUUUCCAUACCAUUCUCUUCGAUGACAUAGCACCAUACCUGAAGCUGAUUCCAGAAGACGUACCGCCAAGAAUGCUUGUGGAAGCCUUUCUAUGCUUUUGCGGACUACCUCCUAUGCCAAAGUCGGGCGCGCAUCAGCAAAGCUGGUGGUCCGAUCCUUUUCUGCAACGCCACUGGUCAUCGACUCCCCUAAACGGGGAGGAAUCUUCCAACUUUAUACAAACGCUCAAGCACUUCUCGGAUUGCCCAUCGAAAAGUUUCCAGAUGACAACAGAGCUGUUAUUCGACCAAAAUUUCUCUACCAGUAGCAUCGGACUUGAUACUGAUUUUAUCCGACGACUGCUGAAACUCGUAGCCUCAGAUCCGUCGAGCGACGAUAUCUUUGGAGAGUAUCUUCUUGCGUUUGAACACCGACACUACCCCAGUGAGGCUUUCAAAACAGCAAAGCAACUGCUGAAGGCUCGCCCACCAAGCUUGUGUCUAUACAAUGCUUAUGGAUUAGUUGAAUCCCGACUAGGAAACUCGGAAAAAGCAGAUCAAGUAUUCCGCAUGGUGCUUGGCAUGCAAGCUGGCAAAUCAAAAGAAUUGACUCCGCAAGUAUUGAAACUCCUGGAUAGCUGGGUCUGGGAUGCUCUUCGUAGAGGAGAGAGGAAUUUAGCACUAUGGCGGCUUGUCUCGCCGCACGGUAACCCUCCCUCCGAAACUGCACAAUCGCAACCCGACGAGACCCUCGUAAACAAUACUCGUAUAAGACUCGCCGAGAUCAGCGAACAAGCCCUACUCGCCCAAGACCACACCACUGCAAUCCUCAGCACCUCCCUCUCCGCCCUCCUCCUCUACCUAACAAGCUCCUACUCCAUCACUCUUGCCACAAACCUCCACUCCCACCUCUCAAUCUGGUUCACCUCCCACGCCGCCACUUCCUCCCCCUACGCUGAACUCCACGCCCAAUCCAUAUCCCGCCUCCUCGCCUUCCACACCACCCACGCCCCCAUCGUCAAACCCGCCCUCACCCGCUCAACCCUCGAGCCCCUCCUCGCCCGCUUCCCAGAUAACACCCUCCUGCUCGCCCUCUACGCCGCAAACGAAUCCCGCUUCUCAAUCGACGACCGCGUCCGUGGCGUAAUGCAGCGUACCGCGCUCCAGCACGAAGAACGUAGUAUAGCUGGCUGGGCAUUUGCAAUUCACUACGAGAUGCGAAGGGGGGAGAUUGCGGGCUCAACAGAGCAUUCAGUCCGCGCGCUGUAUAAACGCGCGGUUGAAGCCAGCGGAAAGUGUUGUCCUGCACUAUGGAAAUCGUACAUCAACUUCGAAAUUGCACAGUUACGCCGUCUGCAGCAUACAAUCCAGAUGCGGAAUAAGAAACCACGCCGAGAUGGGAAAAAGAGUAAAGCAGAGAUUAGGCUGGAGGAAGCGAGGCAGAGGGUCAAGGAUACGGUUUAUGCGGGGUUACGCAAUUUGCCUUGGUGUAAGGAUAUUGCUAUGUACGCGUUUGGGGAGGCGAAGGAGGUUUUUGGGGAUGAGGAGAUGUGGAGGGUUUGUAGGGUGCUGGUGGAGAAGGAGUUGAGGGUUUUUGUUGAGGUGGAUGAUGAUGCGGCGUGGGAGGUUGCGAGGGAGAGGGGGUGGACGGUGUGA